CGUGAGUCAAUAACAUAUUAUGAAUUGGCAAAAGUGAAAGUGAAACCAAAUCAUACGGAAGUAUUUGCGUUUGAUUUAAUUUUGUUUUGCGUGGUUUUUCUAUAUUUACGUAUAUAUAUAUUUUUAAAUUCGCUUCAAUGUGGUGUCUGUUUCUAGUUUUUCGUUUCAUAUUUUAAUUAACUGCCUAUUAUGGCCAUUGAUGUUGAUACGAGCUUAUCCACAUCGUUGCACAACGUGUGAUCGAUUUCAGUGUGCAAACGGAAAAACAAGAAUCUCCAUCGCGAUUAAUAGUAAAUAUUUCAAGAAACAAAAACAAAUAUAAAAUCUGUGAUAACCAAUGUGACAAUAAAGAAAUUCAAUUGACGACAAACAAAAAGCAUCGAACAGACUCCAAACAAAGAGUUUAUUCAAAUUCAAAGGCCGUGACACAGUGAGCACGAUCAACGAAAUGCGACCAACAGCAUUCCAGCAGCAAAGAAUUGCGAACGUCAGGGAAAUAUACAUAAUUGGGCUUAUUGUGGCAACAAUAUGUAUAUCGUACGCCAAUGGCCGCGCACCAAUUGAACCAUACUUUGGCCGUCAUAUAGGACCGUUUACAGAGUUCGCGCACAAAAUCAAGGGUGAAGUGUAUGCCGUAGACGAAUCAACAUUGUUCAUCAAAGGUUUCGCAUACGAUGGAACUGGGCCGGAUGCAUUUUUCUGGGUGGGUAAAACCGCCAGACCCAGUCCAGAAGGCUAUAUCAUUCCUUAUCCAGAGGAAUACACUGGCAGGGAUCCACCAAUUUUACAAGCACAUAAUAACACGGAUAUCAUUCUACGCUUGCCAAUGGGAAAGAGAAUCCGCGACAUUCGAUGGUUAUCGGUCUGGUGUCGACGAUUCACGGUUGAUUUCGGCGAAGUUUUCAUCCCGGUCAGUUUGGAUGUUCCGAAACCAAGAGUGUUACCCGAAUUUAAAAGACUUGCACAUGGGCUACGUUCGAGUAAUAUAAGUGUGCUUGAUGCAAAAACUUUCUAUAUACCCAAUCUUCACUACGAUGGUGCUGGUCCGGAUGCAUACUUUUGGGUGGGCAAUGGAAGCGAACCGAAUAUAAUGGGAAUCAAGGUGCCGAAUGAAAUUGGUUCUCUAGACCCGUUGCGGGGUUAUCAAGGAGAGGAUAUUGAAAUUCAGUUACCUGGAAAUUUGACUGUGUACGAUAUCGAUUGGUUGGCUGUCUGGUGUGUUGAGUACAGACAUAAUUUUGGUCAUGUAUACAUUCCGAAGGAUCUUGAUGUGCCGCCUGCUUUAGGUCAAACCAAAAUUGCGCCACCAUGGUGGUAUAGUCCUACAACAACAACACCAAGACCGAAUAUCAAUAACUGUCGAGAGAUCAUUAGCAAUAAAUUGCAAGUGAAAUGGGAAAUCCAAGGAGAUUACCUUCAAAUCGAAUUAAUCGGUCGCAUUCGAGAAGAUCAAUACAUGGCUUUUGGUUUAUCCGGAACAAAUGGACGACCUCAAAUGGUUGGGGCCGAUGUUGUAGUCGCAUUUUAUGACAAAGUGUCAAGGGUAUUUCGUGCUGAAGAUUAUUAUUUAUCGCACUUGUCACAGUGUGAUGGAAAGCAAGGCGUUUGUCCCGAUGAACGCAUUGGUGGCAGAAAUGACGUAACAGUCGUGAUGGCCGACCGAAAGAAAAUGGUAACUAGUAUCAAAUUCAGACGUCCGUUGCAAACCAACGAACCAAUAAAUGAUAUGGCAAUUCCAACCGAUGGAUAUGUAUCUGUUAUCGGAGCCAUUGGACCAUUGAAUUCGAGACGAGAAGCAAACGCUCAUUCGCAUGAUGCCAUGAACGUUAAUUCAGACGAUAUUCAAAUUGAUUUCUCAUCAAAGAUGGAUCAUGACUGUAAAUCGUCGUUGGAUUCGGUGCCUGAUGAAAAUGCGCCAAAACCAUGGGCCGUGCGAAAAAUAAUUGGCGAGAAAAAUAUUACGGCACGUAUUGGACCAACGGGUGGAAAACGUGGUUAUGAAGCACAAACGGGCUCACCGUCAUGGGGCAUUGCAUGGUAUUUGAAUGAUUUACUCAUACCGGAAUUGUAUGUGGAACGCGGUGAAACUUAUACAUUCAUCGUUGAGGGUGGUGAUAAAUCAAGUAACCCAGCCAGAUAUCAUCCAUUUUACAUAACCAAUUCACCGGAAGGUGGUCUUGGACAAGUAACGGACGACGAAACAAUGAGCGAUAACACGCGAGUGCACAACUAUGCCGGUACGGCUAGAGAUCCAUUGGGCUAUACAUAUCCAACAGCAACUGGCCGGUAUUGUGAAUGGGUGCACCAAAGCAUCGAUAGAUCAAAUGAAAUUGAAACUUUUGAAGAGUACAAGAAAACGCUACGGUUGGAGUGUGAAGAAGGAAAUCCAGCUAUUUUAACAUGGACUGUUCCAGACGAUGCACCAAACGAACUUUACUAUCAGUGUUACACGCAUAAGAAUUUGGGAUGGAAAAUAAUCGUGACAAAUAAAGGAGAAAUAGUGCCGAGCAGUAGCCCAACAAACAUUCGCACAAAUAUAUCGUUGCCAAUUCUAUUUAUAUUUUCAUUGGGUGUUUCAUAUUUAACGUCGAUAAAAACGAAAAUUUCGUUUCAAUUGGCCUGAUAACGAAUCGUAGUCGUCGAAACAUUAUAAUAACAAUUGAAUUGCAAUUUUUUUUUGCAAGCACGUUAUCAAAACAAAGUCCUAUGACUAUAUAUUUUAAAAGAAACAACAACAUAUAUUCGACACACGACAAACAAACUAAAAAAAAAACAUUUACAACGAUUUAAUGCUGAGUUAUAAAGCAAAUCAACUCGCACAAAAACAACCGAUCAAUUCAUUUGCUUUCAGAUGAAUUGAUCAAAAAAUAAUUGACUUGAAUUUUAUUCAAUGUGCUUUCUUUGAGCCAGAGUUGUUAUUUGCACCCAAGUCGUGCGGACACAUAUUUCAUAUAUCAUUUUUAAGAAAAGUGCCCUCUCCUCCGACAUGCCUAUAACAGCUCUGCUCUGAGCACAAGUCAAUACAACAAAAAACCUUGUGUCAUUGCUCAAAAGUGUUUAGAUCAAUGAUUUAAAAAUUUACGCAUAAAAAAGAAUUAAAUUUUUGAUAUAGACUCUUUUGGCGAACACUUAAAAAAAAUUGAAGUUCUACCGACCAUUGCGGAAUUUCAUCAUCGAAAAGAAAAAUUACCAAGAAAACAACCAGGCUCGAUAUCGAUCGAAAACAUAUCUUUGUGCGAAUGUUUGUGUGAAUGGCAACUUAGUUAAGCUCUUCGACGCAUCUUUUGGUUUCUCACUCUCAAUCCUUUGAAUAGCAAACAAUUCUUAUUUGGACAUCAAAUCGCAACAAAAUACAAUAAUUCUUCGGCUCAACACAAUUUUAUUAAACAAUUUUAUGAAUGACGAAUGAUGUGCUAUUGACAAUAAGUUAACUAGUUAAGAAAGAUCUUCAAAUUAGGACAUAUAAGAAUUGACGAUUUAAUGGGAAUGGUUUAUUUUUUAUUUUUAUUUUUGAAACAUUAUAAAACGAACGAUAGUAGUAAAAUAGUAAAAAAUAAUUUACAACCUACUCACAAUACUCUCUCUGUGUAUGUUCUCAAUUGUAAAAAAAACGAGAUGUUGUUCAUUUUAUCCUUUCAAAUAUAUUUAUGCCCUACCAAUAAUCCUUUUUUCCCCUUCAAUUUAUUAAAUCGAUUUGUGUUUGUUCGAAUUUCGUGCCAAUUGGCAAUUAUAAUUUGUGAAUAAUUCGUAGUAAUUUGUUUUUCGUUUAAUAUGAUAGUGAAUUUAAAAAGUUCGGUGCUAAUUGAAAUGCCCACAAUUGAAAUCAACAUUUAUUCGAUAAAAUAAAAUAGAAACAAUAGGAGAACAAUACUCUCGGAUGAUGUAAAAUGAUUACUAUUAUUAAGAAGAUGAAAAAAAACAUACAAACAAUGACAAUACUUUGACAAACAAUAACAUUUUUAACAUUCUCUUAUCAUUAACGAGUUUGAAUUGAAAAUGGAAGAUGAAUUAAUUAAUUAAAGUAAACAUGUUGACAAUAAAACAAAGUUUAAACAAUGUAAACUUCAUCGAAAUGAUAUGACAAUAAAAAAAUGAGAAAUACAAAAUAAACAAUUACAACAAAUAUUCUUUAGAUCAAAAAAUUUAAAAAUUUAUUAAGUGUUGUGCUAAGCUUAGAUAGACAGAAAAUUAUUUAGAUUAUAAUAAUCAUAAUAAAUAUUCAUGCAUUCACACAUCCAAUUGAAAGAAUGAAUCUUCUAUUUCUGAUAAGUGUUGAACAAAAAUAAUAAUAAUGAAACAUAGAACCAGCGAAUACCGUGAGCAGAGCUGUUAUUGGCACCAGGGAAAAUGAGCCAGUGCCCGCACUUAUUCCAUUUGAUUUUUCAAGUCAAUACCUGGAAAUAAGGUGGAGAAGCACUUACAAGAAAAGUAUCAUUGACUCCGCGGUGCCCAUAACAGUCCUGGGUGUCAAACGGAUCAAACCGCUCAGAUGAAUUCAUUUAAGCGAAGAGAUUCCACUGACGGUAUUCAUUGCAUAAAACAUAGAAAUUAAUAGUGAAAAUGAGUCACCAUAUUCAGGUGACGGAAUAAACGAAUGGACAAUAAUAACUAUUUUUUUUCCUCUCAAAUAAUCAAAUUAAUUAUUUCAAUUAAAUUGUUUACCAUUGAACAUUAACAAAUUGACAAUACAAUUGCACUAGCAUUUAAUUUAUUUAAGAUUAUUCAAUGAUUCGAAAUCACUAAUAUUUAAGUCCUCUUUGUCGUCUAUUUGCGACAGAAAAUUGUUCUUGUUUAACCAUGGUUUGAUUUCGUCGAAAUUGAGAUCUCAUCAUCUUCAUUCAUGCGAUGAAAAUAAUUUACUUAAAAUAAUGAGAAUACCAUCGAAUAUUCUUGUUGCCUUUUGGCAUGCAAUUUUUUUGUAUGAAGUAAAUUGUUUUCAACACAUACGGAUGGAAAUGAAGAAAUUUCAUGCAUUUCGACCCGUAUUUCAAGGUAUUUAAAUACAAGCAACUGUUUCGAUACACAUUUCGUGCCAAAACUUGUACGUGGACAUAUGUAUUUUAUUAGAAAAAAUAGUGAAAUAGCUGUCCAAUUUCAUUCAUCAACAUUGAAAGCGAAAUGUUAGACAAUCGAAUUGUACCCAAUAUUGUGAAAUAUUUCAAACAAAAAAUCUUUUUAACUAAUUAAUAACGUAAAGCCAUUUCGUAUAUGAAUCAGCAGAGUGAACAUUAGCAUUUAACAGUGUAACCAGAAAGCACAAACGAAUUGAAAAUCCAACUUAAUAUCACAAAACUAAUAACUCUGUAACAUGUCAUAGACUUGAAAAAUGUUCGAAUCUCAAAAUAUGCACACACACAAAUCAUACGAAUCGUUAAGAUAACUUUUUGCCAUUCAAAUACUACAUAUAAUAUACAGGUAAAUUUCGUUGAAACAAAAACAAAUAAAUUUUUAAGUAAGCUGAACAUUGACGGUGAUGAAAUUGUUCUUUCAAACAAAUCAUUUGAACACAAUUGAUUAUUUCAAUAUUAGUGUGUGAACGCAAUGCUAUGACCAAAUACAUUAAAAUGAGAUAAGAACUGAAUCAUUAUCGGCUUUAGCAUAACGGCUAUAAUCGUAUUAAUAAAUAAAUGACAAUAGAGUAAAAAAAACACACGCAGUAUUCAAUAUCAGUAAUUUUAUCUAUGGACCAGUCCAUUUUAUUUCAUUACGCAUUUUGGACGCAUAUCAAACCGAUUGUCCCUUUUUCAAGUCCUGAAAUUACAUACACUGAACCGAACACCAUUCAUAUUGAUAUUCUUGUUUCAAACAUACACAAUGAACAUAUUUUUCAUCCUCUUUUUUUCACAUUCACGUCAAAAUGAUAAAACUAUACCAUAUGAAAUGAGCGUUUAACAUAAAUUAUAUAAAAAUGAGAUACUUGAAGAAAAAAACAAUAAAUUCAAUACACAGAAUCAUUAUUUUCUGUGGUAUUAAUUCGUAUAAAAUAAUGACAAUUGACAUGACAAUAACAAAGUGUAACAUGUACAUUAAAAAAUAAGUAUAGGCUGGCAAAUUUGCAAUUUACUGAUUUUAUGGGAACGUUAUUAAUAAUACAGGUUGUUUAUGAAAUGUUUACAGAUUUCUAUACAGGACCGUUUUUAGUACGGUACUUAGUACACUUUGAGUAUAAAUGACACAUGUUACAAUUUGGAUCAAUAAAAACAUAUAUCAAAAGGGUUUUUUUUUUAAUUUUCGCGAACUUUUGAAGAUGUAUUAAUACUGUUGAGACAUUCUCAGGCAGAUGAGGUCAAGCGCUGAAAUGGUGCGAAAACAAUAGAAGUGAUUGUUAUUGCUAUAAAAACGCUACAAUCAAUAUAACAAUCACUUGUAUUGUUUCCGCUCUAUUUCAUCAGAUGACAUCAGCUUCCUGAGUUAAAUCGACCGCCUGAAAAUAUCUCGAUAUAAUGUGUGAUACUGUUGUGUCAAAACUACAUAAUUAUGCAAAUUAAUUCGAAAAAUUCAUGUUUUUAUUGAGAAAGUGUACAGAUUGAGAACCAAGGAAUAUUGUGUGGUAAAUCUAUAUAGCAGCUCGUAAACAUCCUGUAUCAUAUAAAUGUAUUUGGCACGCAUUUUAUUUGAAUAGUAAUGCACUUAAAUUUUCUCAAUUUAUCGUUCUCCUGUUUGAAAAUAAAUCGUGUUACUGUGUA